AUGCCCAGUAAGUUCAGCUGCCGGCAGCUUCGGGAGACGGGCCAGAGAUUCGAGAAUUUCCUGGUCGAUCGGGGACUGGACAGGGAGACAGAUCGCGAGCGGUUGCGGACCAUUUAUAACCAGGACUUCAAGACCAGCUUUGGGACCCCCGCCCCUGGCUUCUCCUCCAUGCUGUAUGGAAUGAAGAUUGCCAACCUGGCCUACGUCACCAAGACCCGGGUCAGGUUCUUCGGGCUCGACCGUUGGGCCGACGUGUGGUUCCCAGAAAAGAGGAGAAUGAAGCCGGGGUCGGAGAUCAGCAAACACCACAAGUCGCUGCUGGCCACGAUCUUUUAUGACAGGGCUGAGUAUCUUCACGGGAAACAUGGGGUGGACGUGGAGGUCCAGGGGCCCCAUGAAGCCCGAGAUGGGCAGCUCCUUAUCCGCCUGGAUUUGAACCGCAAGGAGGUGCUGACCCUGAGGCUUCGGAAUGGAGGAACCCAGCCUGUCACCCUCACCCACCUCUUCCCAUUCUGCCGGACCCCCCAGUUUGCCUUCUGCAAUGGAGACCGGGAGCUGCCCUGCCCACUGGGCCCUGGUGAAUGCUAUGAGCUCCACGUCCACUGUAAGACCAGCUUUGUGGGCUACUUCCCAGCCACCGUGCUCUGGGAGCUGCUAGGACCUGGGGAGCCAGGCUCAGAAGGAGCUGGCACUUUCUACAUUGCCCGCUUCUUGGCCGUCGUGGCCCACAGCCCCCUGGCAGCACAACUGAAGCCCACAACUCCCUUCAAGCGGACCCAGAUCACUAGAAACCCUGUGGUGACCAACCGGAUAGAGGAAGGAGAGAGACCCGACCGUGCUAAGAGCUAUGACCUGGAGUUAAGUAUGGCACUGGGAACAUACUACCCACCCACCCGCCUCCGGCAGCUGCUCCCCAUCCUUCUUCAGGGAACAAGUAUCUUCACUGCCCCAAAGGAGAUUGCUGAGAUCAAGGCCCAGCUGGAGACACCCCUGAAGUGGAGGAACUACGAGGUGAAGCUCCGGCUGCUGCUGCACCUGGAGGAGCUGCAGAUGGAGCAUGACAUCCGGCACUAUGACCUGGAGUCGGUGCCUAUGACCUGGGACCCUGUAGACCAGAACCCUGGGCUGCUCACGCUGGAGGUUCCCGGGGUGGCCGAGAGCCGCCCCUCAGUGCUGCGGGGUGACCACCUAUUUGCCCUUUUGUCCUCUGAGACACACCAGGAGGACCCCGUCACCUACAAGGGCUUUGUGCACAAGGUGGAACUGGACCGGGUCAAGCUGAGUUUUUCCACAGGUCUCCUGAGCCGCUUUGUGGAUGGGCUGACCUUCAAGGUGAACUUCACCUUCAACCGCCAGCCCCUGCGGGUGCAGCACCGUGCCCUGGAGCUGACGGGGCGCUGGCCACUGUGGCCCCUGCUUUUCCCUGUGGCCUCUCGUGGGGUCCCGCUGCUGCCCUCAGAUGUGAAGCUCAAGCUGUACGACCGGAGUCUGGAGUCCAACCCGGAGCAGCUGCAGGCCAUGAAGCACAUUGUUAUGGGUACCACCCGCCCCGCCCCGUACAUCAUCUUUGGGCCUCCAGGCACUGGCAAGACUGUCACCUUAGUGGAAGCCAUCAAGCAGGUGGUGAAGCACUUGCCCAAAGCCCACAUCCUGGCCUGUGCUCCGUCCAACUCGGGGGCCGACCUCCUCUGUCAACGCCUCCGGGUCCACCUGCCCAGCUCCAUCUACCGCCUCCUGGCUCCCAGCAGGGAUAUCCGCAUGGUGCCUGAGGACAUCAAGCCCUGCUGUAACUGGGAUGCAAAGAAGGGGGAUUACGUGUUUCCUUCCAAGAAGAAGCUGCAGGAAUAUCGUGUGUUAAUUACCACGCUCAUCACUGCCAGCAGGUUGGUCUCGGCCCAGUUUCCCAUCGAUCACUUCACACACAUCUUCAUCGAUGAGGCUGGCCACUCCAUGGAGCCAGAGAGCCUGGUGGCCAUAGCAGGGCUGAUGGAAGUCAAGGAAGCAGACAAUCCAGGAGGGCAGCUGGUGCUGGCAGGAGACCCUCGGCAGCUGGGGCCUGUGCUGCGCUGCCCACUGACCCAGAAGCAUGGGCUGGGGUACUCACUGCUGGAGCGGCUGCUCACCUACAAUGCCCUGUACAAGAAGGGCCCUGAUGGCUAUAACCCCCAGUUCAUAACCAAGCUGCUACGCAACUACAGGUCUCACCCCACCAUCCUGGACAUUCCUAACCAGCUGUAUUACGAAGGGGAGCUGCAGGCCUGUGCGGACGUUGUGGACCGAGAGCGCUUCUGCCGCUGGGAGGGUCUGCCUCGACAGGACUUCCCCAUCAUCUUUCACGGCGUAAUGGGCAAGGAUGAGCGUGAAGGCAACAGCCCGUCCUUCUUCAACCCCGAAGAGGCUGCCACGGUGACUUCCUACCUGAAACAGCUCCUGGCCCCCUCCUCCAAGAAGGGCAAAGCCCGUCUGAGCCCCCGAAGCGUGGGCGUCAUCUCUCCAUACCGGAAGCAGGUGGAAAAAAUUCGUUACUGCAUCACCAAACUUGACAAGGAGCUUCGGGGACUGGAUGACAUCAAGGACUUGAAGGUGGGCUCCGUGGAAGAGUUUCAAGGCCAGGAGCGCAGCGUCAUCCUCAUCUCCACCGUGCGGAGCAGCCAGAGCUUUGUGCAGCUGGAUCUGGACUUUAACCUGGGUUUCCUCAAGAACCCCAAGAGGUUCAACGUGGCUGUGACCCGGGCCAAGGCUUUGCUCAUCGUGGUGGGCAACCCGCUCCUGCUGGGCCACGACCCCGACUGGAAAGUAUUCCUAGAGUUCUGUAAAGAAAACGGGGGGUAUACCGGGUGCCCCUUCCCUGCCAAACUGGACCUGCAGCAGGGGCAGAACUUACUCCAGGGUCUGAGCAAACUCAGCCCCUCUACCUCAGGACCCAAAAGUCACGACUGCCAGGCGCGGGAGGGUGAAGGGGGCCUGCCCCUGCAAGUGGAGCCCGAGUGGAGGAAUGAGCUCUGA